AUGCCGUCACUCUUGACCAUACCGCGCGAGCUGCGCGACCAAAUAUGCACAUACGCCCUCUUCGCCCAAACCAACGAGCGCCAGGCGCUCAAUCAAACGUUCGAGCAGCUGAUAGAUAAUCGAAAAUCCAGCCCUGCAGUCUUGGAUUUGCUUCAAAUCAAUCACCAGCUGCGUGCCGAGACGAUCGAAAACAUAAAGCUCUUCGCAAAGCGUGCCACUUAUGACCUAGACAUCAUCUUGGUGGACGAAAUCCUGCUUCUGCCAACAUGGGUCCGCGUACCCUUCCUUACGAAUCGCCUCGAGGAAGUGAAUGCGACAUUCCGCAUUUCAGGUAGCUUCGAUCCAAAGAAGGAGAAGCCGCGUCGGAAGAAGGGGGAAGACGAUCCACCCUUGGGCCCUUAUGUGCGCUUCGGAUCCUACAAAGGCUUUCGAAUUGGCUCAGGCGCUGGGCCCGCAAUGGGGUGGCAGAUCUACGGCGUGCUUGAGCGUUUCAUCCGCGCUGGUCCAAUUGGCCAUUGCACUGAAAGAAACGAUCAUCGCCAUGUGGCUGUCAAAACUCUCAACAUCAACAUCGAAACACCCCCGGAUAUUGACGCAUCUCGCUUCCUCGAAGCCCCGCGAACUGUACAAUGGCGUCAUUAUAGCAAUCCCGUCGACGACGACGACGACAAAGAUGUGCUAGACCCCGACUACCUGGUCGACUUCAUCAGGGGUCGGUUGUAUGGCUUACUUAAUGGGUCAGAUCAUGAGUGGUUCUCGUAUGGGAAGAUACUGUACGAACAUGUAGAUGAGGUCGUCAUGAAGAAAGACGGAGUUCAAAUUAGGAGAUUUGAUGUGGCCAAGAUGCUGCGGAAUGUACAGGGGUUGGAAGAGAGAUAUGUGACAAAGAAGCAGUUAAGGAAGUACAAAGAGAUGGUAUGGCGGGUAAGAAAGGAGAGGGGAUUGAAGGUGCUUUCGAGCUGA